AUGGCGUCGGUCGCCGCCUGGCUCCCGUUCGCCCGCGCCGCCGCCAUCGGCUGGGUGCCCAUCGCCACGCACCCGCUGCCGCCACCGCCCGUGCCCAAGGACCGCCGCCGCGCAGAGGAUGAAAAACUCCUUAUCAAUGUCUCCGGCCGCCGUUUCGAGACCUGGCGGAACACCCUCGAGAAGUACCCCGACUCCCUCCUCGGCUCCUCCGAGAGAGAGUUCUUCUAUGAUGAGGACAGCAGGGAAUACUUCUUCGAUAGAGAUCCUGAUAUAUUCAGACACAUUCUUAACUACUACAGAACCGGUAAACUGCAUUAUCCUAAACACGAGUGCUUGACAGGGUACGAUGAGGAGCUGGCGUUCUUUGGUAUAUUACCCGACGUGAUCGGUGACUGCUGCUACGAGGACUACAGGGAUAGGAAAAGGGAAAAUGCCGAAAGGCUCAUGGACGAUAAGUUGAGCGAGGCUGGUGAUCAGAGCCUGCCUCAGCUAACAGAUUUAAGACAGAAAAUGUGGAGGGCGUUUGAGAAUCCGCACACUUCCACUGCCGCUUUAGUAUUCUACUAUGUGACGGGUUUCUUUAUCGCCGUCUCGGUGAUGGCCAACGUCGUGGAGACAGUGCCCUGCGGCCAUAGGCCGGGGCGCGCCGGCACUUUGCCUUGCGGUGAGCGAUACAAGAUUGUAUUCUUUUGUUUGGACACGGCGUGCGUUAUGAUUUUCACGGCGGAAUAUCUGCUGCGGCUGUUUGCGGCGCCGGAUCGCUGCAAGUUCGUGCGUUCCGUGAUGUCAAUCAUUGACGUGGUGGCCAUCCUGCCGUAUUACAUCGGCUUGGGUAUCACUGAUAACGACGACGUGUCCGGCGCGUUCGUCACUCUGAGAGUGUUCCGAGUAUUCCGUAUCUUCAAGUUCUCGCGGCACUCGCAAGGUCUCAGGAUCCUGGGUUACACGCUCAAGUCAUGCGCCAGCGAGCUGGGCUUCUUGGUCUUCUCGCUUGCUAUGGCUAUCAUCAUCUUCGCGACGGUCAUGUUCUACGCUGAGAAGAAUGAACAGGAUACAAACUUCACGUCCAUUCCUGCCGCCUUCUGGUACACCAUCGUCACAAUGACUACUCUUGGCUACGGUGACAUGGUGCCGGGUACGAUCGCCGGUAAGAUCGUGGGCGGCGUCUGCUCGCUGUCCGGAGUGCUCGUGAUCGCCCUCCCCGUGCCUGUCAUCGUCUCCAACUUCUCCAGGAUCUACCAUCAGAACCAACGCGCUGACAAGAGGAAGGCGCAGAGGAAAGCGCGCCUAGCUCGCAUUAGGAUCGCCAAGGCGUCGUCGGGUGCGGCGUUCGUGUCCAAGAAGAAGGCUGCAGAGGCACGUCUCGCCGCUCAGGAGUCCGGCGUUGAACUUGAUGAUGCCGGACGCGAUGAAGACAUUUUCGAAUUGCAGCACCAUCAUCUACUUCGAUGCUUGGAGCGUACUACUGAUCGUGAAUUCGUGGAAAUGGAGAAUCCGUACAACGGUGCUGCAAAGCGCCCUGGGUCGCCCUCCCCCCUCGCGUCCCCCGCGCACUCGGGCCGCGCCCCUGCACUGCUUGCAUGCUGCGCGCGCUGCGGCUGCUGCCCCCAGAAGUAUCAGCAAGCGUGUGGCAAAUACAUUCCUGCUGGAAGCACGGUGCAGGGCAACCAAACCGGUGUAGCAAUGGACGGGACUUACCUCGUUGAGGCAUCUUUCUAGGACCAACCCACUAGCGCCCAUGUGGAGAGCUAUGUGUGACGUGUAUACCAAAUGUAUAAUAGUGAAAUGGUGUAUACAAGUUCGGACUUCAAAUAAAGAAGAAUAAGUGCAAUGACAUUAGUAAAUUUUGACAAUUACUAGGUUAUGCCUUAACGCAAUACUGCCUAAUAAUAUCAAAUUUAUUAUACAUUUCCGAUUUCCAAUGGGAGUUUUAUGGGAUUUGAAUAGUGGUUGAGGAAUAGGCAAUUGAUUUGUGUGAUUGGAAUCUGUAUUGAACGUCCUAUUCGAUGUUACGCAUAGUUAAGUGUUUUAAAUCUCUCAGAGCGGUCUCGCUUGUAUAGAAUCGAAAAUCUUUGUGAUUCUUCGUUAGAAAAGACAAAUUUAAAUUCUCUGUAGUCAAUAGUUCUUGUCAUAUCAAUUAGUUUAAUAGAAACAUUAAGAAUUCUGAUAUGUCCAUUCUUUAUCUUAACCCAAUACUCCCCUGUCUGUCCCUUUCCCUUCCACUAGAUUUCUAGUGCCUUCGUGAAUUAAACAUUAACUGUUACUCGGUGUUAGUGAAGUCUAGGAGUUAGAUAAAUGUCUAUUAAAAUUCGAUUAUUGAUACGAGAAAUAAAGUGUUUGUGGCAAUUCCUGUGAAGUAUAAAUUUAUCUUAGUAUAAUGUACAGUUUCUUGUAAUAUAUUGAAUUGAAAUUAGUAAUAAUUAUGAAUGUAUGGAUUGUAGAUAGUAAUUCAGCCAACUCGUUUAUUAUAAUAAUACUCGUAUUACGGAAAAGAUUGAAAGUAUCGAAGAUUUAAAUACAAUAGUAACUAGAAACAUAGUUUGUUCCUAAAAACAUUCGUAAGUCUGCACAAUAUUGUGACGUCACAGUCAAUACAACAACUUUUUAACUGUUAGAAAUGGAAUUUUAGACGUAUUCUGUAAUAAAUUAUUAAACAUCGGUUGCAAAAACAUGCAUACAUAUUGUCACGUUCCAGAGCCAUGUGCGAGCGAGAUAAAGAAAGCCACGAUCAAUAUCAGCAUUUAAUUAUUCAG